AUGCGCAUGAAUGUGCCCACAUUUAUUCAACUAUGUCACAUAUUGCGAGAAGAUGGAUACAUUACUGAGUGCUCCUGUGAUAAAGUGACUUUAGAGGAAAGAGUAGCAAUUGCUUUAUAUGGCGUGAGCCAUAAUUUGACACACAGAGUUCUAGGUGAGCGAUUCCAGCAUUCCAUUGAGAUAAUUCAUCAACACAUGUGCCGGUUGUGUCAGUCCUUAGUCCAAUUAGCAUCUAUUGCAUUCCGACAUAGGAACACAGGUGCUACUUAUCCUCGGAUACGGAAUAGUAGACGAUUUUAUCCCUGGUUUAAGGACUGCAUUGGGACUAUUGAUGGAACCCAUGUCUUGGCAAGCGUGCCAAGAGAGAAACAUGAUGUCUUUCGUAACAGAAAGGGCACGGUUUCACAAAAUGUUUUAGUCGCAUGUGACCACGAUAUGAGAUUCGUAUAUGUCAGAACUGGUUGGGAAGGUAGUGCCCAUGAUAGUCGUGUCUUAUUGGAUGCUAUUUCCAAUCCGGAUGUAAUAUUUCUCAUACCACCGGUUGAAAAAUAUCACGCAGUUGAUGCAGUGUACAGACACAUGUCGGGUUUCAUGACCCCUUUCAAGAGUGGUCCAGGAGGGAGACUACACAAAAAGGAUUAUUUAAUCGCCGACAUUCUUCGAUUCGGAAUAUAA